AUGGAGGACACCACUGCACGACUGAACCUCCAUACUCUCCACCAAUCUACAAACUCAUCUCCUCCAUCUUCCUCUUUUCAGAACUCCUCUUCCAGUCCUCCUCCAGGUGACCUUCUCAUCUCUCCUAAUGUUGCCUACAUGGCUGCUGAGCUUGUUAUUGCCUUCCUCUCCAUCAUUGGAAAUCUGCUGGUGUGCGCUGCAGUGGGCCUCAAUCACAAGUUGCGCACAGUCACCAACUACUUCCUGGUGUCUCUUGCAGUGGCCGAUAUCUGCGUGGGCGCCAUCGCCAUCCCUUGUGCAAUUCUGACAGACAUUGGUUUACCACGCCACAACUUAUACCUGUGUCUGCUCAUGCUGAGUGUUUUGAUCAUGUUCACGCAGAGCUCCAUCUUCAGCUUGUUAGCAGUGGCAGUGGAACGAUAUAUUGCAAUCUUCAUGCCCUUCCGCUACCAGGUCCUGAUGACACAAUGCAAUGCUGUGCUGGUGAUCCUUGCCACAUGGUUGUUGGCAUUUCUCAUCGGUGUUGUUCCUCUGAUGGGCUGGCAUAAGUCACCGCCUGAUUCAGGUUACUGCUUCUUUGUCUUUGUGGUGGACAUGACCUAUAUGGUCUAUUUCAACUUUUUUGCUUGCGUGCUGACGCCUUUAGUGAUCAUGUUUCUAAUAUACGCACAGAUUUUUGCGACAGUGAAGCGGCAGGUGAGGCGGAUAGCAUCUGAGCAAAGUGGCAGAGCAGAGGGACACUCAAGGAUUCGUCGAGAGAUGAAGACUGCUACUUCUCUAUUCCUGGUUCUCUUCCUUUUCACCGUCUGCUGGAUCCCGCUCCAUGUCAUCAACUGCUUCCUGCUGCUCUGCCCACGCUGCCCUGUGCCGUUUGAACUGCUGCUUACCGCCAUUAUCCUGUCGCACGCCAACUCUGCUGUCAACCCCUUUCUAUAUGCCUACACCAUGACAGCUUUCAGGGACACCUUCAAGGCCAUUUUCUUGUGCUGCAGAAUGGUGGGAGACAGGGAGACUUCACAUGUAGCCAGCAGUGAGGACAGAGGGGGAGCAAGUGUCCGACAUGCUGACCAAGCUUGA